AUGAUUACUGAAAUCAGUGACUCUUCCUUCCCCUAUGUCAACAUUCAUCCACCAGCUGUCUUUGGUUCAUCUCCUAAUCUCGAAGCCCUUGCACUUGAAGCAAACAAAUCUCAAGAUCAAGAGGGGGACAAUGUUGUAAAUGCCAGUGUAAAGUCUUCCCGGCUCAUGCAUGAAAUCACCUUUUCAACAGAUGACAAGCCAAAACUCCUCAGUGAGCCACCUGUUUGGCUUGAUUGGAAAACAUCCAAAUCCAUAACUGCAUUGACUUCCUUAAUUUCUGAGAUUGGGCUGAGCAUCCAGGAAGCACAUGCUUUUUCAACAGUUGAUGGUAAUUCCUUAGAUGUUUUUGUUGUUGAUGGUGGCCAUAUGAGGUAUCUCCUUAUGGAAUGUUCCAUUAAUUCUCAGAAAAUUGAGAGGUUCCGAAUUGCACUGAAAAAGGAAGCUUUGAAGAUUGAGAACUUUAGUUUGGAUGAUCCCUUAAUGUUUGAUAGGUACAAAAUUGCUUUGAAACAAACUAUAGUAUGCCGAAGGAAUGUUGUCCUGGAUGAAUAUGGGACCCCAAAAGUGGUUAAUGAUGGUGUCGUGAUUGCUCGAGCAAUAGAGUUACCUGAUGCUAUGGAAAAUGCCGGUGCUGCUCUCAUUAGGGAGGUUGGUCCUUUCAAAACCAUUGAUUCAGCUGGUGACGGGACAACAACUGCAGCAAUUCUUGUGCGGGAAAUUAUCAAACUUGGUCUAUUGAAUGUUACCUCAGGUGCAAAUCCAGUAUCUGUCAAGAAAGGCAUUGAUAAAACUGUGCAGCGCCUGGUUGAAGAGCUUGAGAAGAAAGCUAGACCUGUCAAAGGUGGUGAUGACAUAAAAGGUAGUGCGUUUCUGCAGUGGAACGCCAUGGGCAUUGAUGAGAGAAGCAUUGAUGAGAGAAGAGGAGAAUCUGGAGAGCAAGCUUGGAGAUGA